AUGGACGGGUAUUACGCUCAGCGGUUCCAGCCGCCGUUGUACAGAUAUGCGUCGCUCUCACCACAGCCUCCUCCGUACCCAUUGCCACGUCAGGGGACCGGCAUACUCAAGUACCCUUUCAGUACUUACAAGACCCAGAAAGAAAAUACCACGAAAACCUUAAGGUUUGCCAUGGACCAGCCUGAUGAAGCAGCCCCCGCUCCAGAACCAAGUACAGCACCACCUCCCUUGGCGACCACAGCAGAAGGGACAACCACCAACCACUCUUCCACUUCCACCGCAGUCACUGCUAGUGUAGAAUCUGCUGAUGAAACCGAAGGGAGCGAAACAUCAUCGGUGGCGACAUCGCGAAGCCAAAGCACUGACGUUGCUGAAACCAGUGUGAAGUCAUCUUCAGCAACAUCCGGAGCUAGCGACGCUGAGUCCGGGACCACCAGCGGUUAUGCGCUUUCGAAUACCGCCAGUGGGUCAUCGCAGUCGGUUCCGGAAGAUAUUAAACGCUACUUCCGCCAUUACAACCAUACGUCUAGCGGUACAUCAAGCCUGAUUCCAACUUCUAGUGGCUUCGAUGCGGACGAACGAAGUGGCGUGGUGCCGCAGCGCCAUUCCAGACAAUCCAUGUCGCGCCGGUACGCAUUUAUGACCCUCCUGGCCGCACUUCUGACACUCAUGCUGGUCGGAAUGAGCACGGAUGUCUACGGCACGCUGUACCAUGGCCCAAAGGAUAUAACGCUGCCAGUGCCACCAGAAAACACUAUUGCGGUCGUCUUCCCGGAACCAGAAGGACGGGCACUGCCCGUUAUUCCAUCUCACAUGGUUUCUGGCAAUGCUGAAAAUCCAGGACUCGAGACCCACGAGAAUGAAAUCGACACCAAGGGGACUGGACCAGCUGAGUUAGGGCGAGCUACCGAGGUGUUCUCAGAUGCGCCUACCACAAACGCAGACGAAGUCCUCCCCACCGCCACCCCGAGCAUAGACGGUGACAGGGACGAGAUGACUACGGAGCGUCAGCCCAGCACUCAAAGAUUUAGUAGUCGGAAGGGGGAGAAGGACACUCCAUCAGCAUCUCUGAAAACACACAAUGCCAAGUAA